AUGGCCAGCAAAAAUUUCAACAGAAGCAAGGCCUCCAGUGGCGCGGACGAUGUCGAUCCAUAUGGUUUGAACGAAGUCGAUGAUUUUGCUUCUAAGAGGGAAAAAGUUCUACUUGGGCAGUCAACUCUUGCUGAUCGUGCUAACAAUGACGGGAGUGAUUCUUUGAUAGAAGACGAAGAAGAAGAAGAAGUUCUGGCCAUGGACGAUGAUGAGUCUAUAGACGAAGGUGAAGAUGAAGAUGCUGAAGAAAAGUUGGAUGGUGCUGCAGCUUAUAAGAAAAUUUUUGGCAGAAAUUUAGAGACGGAUCAGGUUCCUGAAGAAGAUGAAGAGAGUGGUAUGUUGGAUAACGAAAAUGCCUGGGGUUCUACAAAAGGUGAAUACUAUGGGGCCGAUGACUUGGAUGAUGAGGAAGCUGCUAAAGAAAUCGAAAAGGAAGCGUUACGACAACAAAAAAGGCAUUUGGAAGAACUCAAUAUGAACGAUUAUUUAGAUGAGGAGGACGAAGAAGAAUGGGUGAAAAAUGCCAAGGAGUUUGACUUGGAUGAAUUUAAGAGCUCUACUAAACAGCCAGAAACGAAUGUCUCCAUAAAGGAUAUUUUAAACAUGGAUGACGAAGCAAGAGAUAUUUGUUUGAAAACGAUGUUCCCCGAAUUUGCUCCUCUUUCGAAAGAAUUUAUAGACCUAGUUCCCAAGUUUGAAGAAUUGAAGAAAUCUGAUGAAAACGAAUUCAAUAAACUAAAAAUAAUUGCGCUUGGAAGCUAUUUAGGCACGAUAUCUUGCUACUACAGUAUCAUGCUGCAUGAACUCCAUAAUAAUGAAGACUUCUCUUCUAUGAAAGGUCAUCCAGUUGUUGAAAGGAUUCUAACAACAAAAGAAAUUUGGAGACAAGCUAGCGAACUACCAUCAGAUUUUGACAUGGUUAGAAGGGAUGGUUCCGAACGGGAAGAAAUUUCCAACAUUGAGGCUUUCAAUGAAGAGAGGUUGAAUGCAUUGGAAAUUAAUAAAGAUUUCGGCACAGAAGAAAGCAAAGAACAACAAAAGGAAGACGAAGAAAGCGGAGAAAGUGGUGAUGAAGAUGACGUGAAUAUUGAUGAUUUUGAAGAAUACGUAGCACAAUCACGGGUACAUUCCAAACCAAAAACAUGGUCCACAUCUGAAGCUGAUGAUUUUGUUGAAUCAGAAAUUGCUGAUGUGGAUGCACAAGAUAAAAAGGCCCGCAGAAGAACUUUGCGUUUCUACACUUCGAAAAUUGACCAACAGGAGAAUAAAAAGACAGACAGAUUCAAAGGUGAUGAUGAUAUUCCAUAUAAAGAGCGUUUAUUCGAAAGGCAGCAACGUCUAUUGGACGAAGCUCGUAAACGUGGUAUGCAUGACAAUAAUGGCGCUGAUCUAGAUGGUAAGGAAUAUGGUCCAGAGGACGAGGCGGUUUCUAAAAGUAUCAAUACUCAGGGUGAAAAUGAUUAUUAUCAACAGGUACAAAGAGGUAAGCAAAUCAAAAAAACCUCUCGUAAAGAGGCCCACAAAAACGCUAUCAUUGCCGCUAGGGAAGGCAAACUUGCUGAGUUGGCUGAUAAUGUCGAGGGUGACGGCAAACGUGCUAUUAACUACCAAAUCUUGAAAAAUAAAGGUCUAACGCCUAGAAGAAACAAGGACAACAGAAAUUCUCGUGUUAAAAAGAGAAAGAAGUACCAAAAGGCGCAAAAGAAACUCAAAUCUGUUCGUGCUGUUUAUUCUGGUGGCCAAUCUGGCGUGUAUGAAGGUGAAAAGACCGGUAUCAAGAAGGGUUUGACAAGAUCUGUUAAAUUCAAGAAUUAA